AUGGCGUGGCUGCAGUUCUCUGAAGAGACCAAGGAGCGCAUCACCCGCAUCAUCGACUUCUCCCGUGUUGCGAUUCACUAUGGCUACCUGCCUCUCAUCAUCUACCUUGGCUACACGAGGAGCAACCCGCGCCCUUCGCUGAUAAGGUUCGCUUGA